AUGAAGGAUGCAUCGUGUGAUAAUGGCCCCUGGGCACCAUUGCUGGCGGCUAUGAAUGCCGAAUCACAGGUCCAUUUAAUCAUUGGAUCAAAUCCUCUGGCAGCAGCUCGUUGCAGCAAGAGUCUGGAUGCCGGCGCAAGGCCGAUUAUCAUUGCACCGGAAACAGCCGAUUUACAAUAUACACUGUCUGAGCGCAUUCAAAGUGGUUCGGCAGAAUGGGCACGCAGAGAAUUCCAAGAUGACGACUUGACGACUUUGGGGCGGGAAGAAGUUGAGCAUGUGGUGGACAUGGUUUUUGUUACUUUGGGCGGUAAUCACCCACUGAGCCCACACAUUUCGAAGCUGUGUCGACGUCUCAGGAUUCCAGUUAAUAUAUCAGAUGCCCCGGAGCUUUGCACGUUUACGUUGCUUUCUACGUACUCGGAUGGUCCUCUCCACGUUGGUGUUACAACAUCAGGACGAGGAUGUAAGCUGGCUUCGCGUUUAAGAAGGGAAGUUUCUUCGUCGUUACCAUCAAAUCUUGGAGGCGCCAUCGACAGACUAGGCGCAGUGAGACGUCGCCUAUGGGAAGAAGACCAAGCUGCCGGGCUUUGCGAUACGGCUUUCGAGGGAGACGAUGAUGAUGCAACGGGCCAGAAACACACUUUUAACACAUUAUCGACGAACGAUGAAGUAUACAUGGCCAAAACGAGACGCAUGCGCUGGCUUUCUCAGAUUUGCGAAUACUGGCCUCUCCGCAAACUCGCCGCUAUUACCGACUCUGAUAUCGAUGACAUACUCAAGACCUACUCGUCUGGGAAUGGCAAUGCGCGAGAUGUUAACGGCGCAACAAUGAGGAAAGGAAAGAUCAUUCUGGCUGGUUCUGGUCCGGGACACCCCGAUAUGCUUACCCGAGCCACAUAUCAUGCUAUCCAAAGCGCAGACAUCAUCUUGGCAGACAAGCUUGUACCAGAGCCUGUUCUGAACCUAAUUCCACGCAGGACGGAAGUCCAAAUCUCCCGCAAAUUCCCCGGGAACGCAGACCAGGCGCAAGAGGAAUUCCUCCAAAUGGGACUGAAGGCGUUGCGCAGCGGGAAACAAGUACUCCGACUGAAGCAGGGCGAUCCCUACCUAUACGGCCGUGGCGGCGAAGAGUUCGAGUUCUUCCGAAACGAAGGACACAUCCCCGUGGUCCUACCGGGUAUCACCAGCGCACUGAGCGCUUCCUUAUUCGCCGAAAUUCCAGCAACCCAUCGCGGCGCAACGGACCAGGUCUUGAUCUGCACAGGGACAGGUCGCAAGGGCGCAGCGCCAGAACCUCCUACCUACGUGCCUACACAAACAGUGGUUUUCCUGAUGGCUCUUCAUCGGCUCUCAGCACUCAUAGAAUCGUUGAUCAACGCACCGGCAGAGGACAGUGGCGCCCGACCUCGCACGCCCUGGCCCAGAAACACGCCCUGUGCUAUCAUCGAACGUGCUUCGUGCACCGAUCAGCGCGUCAUUCGGACAACCCUAGAGCAUGUAUGCACAGCAUUUGAGGUUGAAGGCUCGCGGCCUCCAGGGCUGUUGGUAGUUGGUGUCAGCUGCCAUGUCUUGCAUCAACCUAAUGAGCAGAAAUGGGUUGUUGAAGAGGGAUUCAAGGGUCUGGAUGAGCUACGCGAUCCGGCCACAAUGAAUGAGCAGGAUUGGAAGGAUUUCUAG